UCAAGGGGCAUGUGGGUGCUCCCGCCAUCUGUCGCGCCUUGCGCGGUCUGUGGUCGCCGCGGCAUCGUCGCUGCUGCCGCACGGUGAAGCAAUACAGCACCCGGUGAAGCAAUACAACAACAACAGCAGCAACAACAACAACAGCAGCAGCAGCAACAACAACUGGAGAUGCAAGGGGCGGGUGGUCGCCGCGGCAUCGCUGCACAGUGGACCGUAUCAACCACAGACGCUAUAAGCCUUAUAAUAAGGGGCAGGUGGAUGAGCAUCUGAUGGGAGAAGGAAUCUGGCGCUAGGGGAAGGAAGGAAGGGUGAUGUCUGCAGACCUCCUCAGCCGCUCCCACGCAACCGAGGGACUGUCUGUUCUGCUGCUGAUUCAUGGACCCAUCGGUCGUCUACAAACACAAGUGGGAACCACAGAUCCUGCCACUCGUGGGGCAGGUCGCAGUUGCAUGAGCGGACAGUACGGGUCCAAGGCUGUCAUGUCACUGGUGGUGGUGCAAAUUGGCCAGUGUGGGAACCAGAUUGGGCAACAACUAUUUGAAGUGGUGAGCAUGGAUGGCCAGAGUGGCCGGAAUGAGAGUUACUGGAACACUUCACAGGAGCGAUUCUUCAGCAGCAGCAAUGAUGGAGUACCAGUCGCUCGGGCUGUUCUGGUUGACAUGGAGCCAAAGGUCAUCAGCCACACGGUGUCUAAAGCUGCAAGCUCAGGGCGCUGGAGAUACGGAGCUCAGUCAGCCUUCUGUCAGAAACAAGGAUCUGGAAAUAAUUGGGCAAAUGGGUUCUGUGUUCAUGGUCCUCAGCACGAAGAAGCUGUGAUGGACCUGGUCCAACAGGAGGCUGAGAAAUGUGAGCGGCUCAGUGGCUUUGUGACAAUGAUGAGUCUGGCUGGAGGGACCGGCUCUGGGUUGGGUACAUUUGUCACUCAGUGCUUGCGGGAUAGGUACCCACACUCAUUGAUAAUGAAUCAACUCACGUGGCCAUAUGGAACUGGAGAGAUAAUUGUCCAGAAUUACAAUACAAUGCUGACCCUGUCUCACUUGUAUCAGUCGUCAGAUGCACUACUCAUUCAAGAGAAUGACAUUAUUCACAAGAUUUGUUCGCAGCUGAUGAAUAUAAAACAGAUCUCCUUCACAGACAUCAAUAAAGUAAUUGCACAUCAACUUGCCAGUGUCUUGCAACCAGCAUAUACCAGAAACCAUGGGACAGAGUAUGGCUCAAAUCCACUCGGUGAUCUGCUGGAAAGUUUGGUGACACAUCCAGAGUAUAAAUUACUGGGCCUGAUGAACAUCCCACAGAUGUCUGACACAUCUUUGCAGUUCAGUACCUUUGCAUGGCCAGGGCUUCUGAAGCACCUGCGACAAAUGCUGAUGGCCAACACAAAAAUGGAAGCAGGUAUUGACUGGCGAGUGAAACCUCCCCUAUCAGGGCUCCAGCCAGCUGCAAACGUUUCUCAGAAUAAGGAGCUGCACUUCAAUACAUCUCUGGCCAACCUGCUGAUAUUGCGAGGCAAGGAUGUUCAGGAAGCUGACGCAGGCCUUUUUAAGGAGCAGGCACUGUACACCUCCUGGAUGCCUGUAGAUUCUGCCUUCAACAUAUGGAGAACACCAACAUCCUUCAAUAAGUAUGAAAAAUCAGCCACGCUAGUCAGCAACAGCCAGUGUCUCCUGAAACCUCUGGACAGUGCUGUGAAAAAAGCCUGGGACAUGUUUGCUUCAAGGGCUUAUGUGCAUCAGUACACGAAGCAUGGAAUCUCAGAAGAGGAAUUUCUGGACAGUUUCACCACCAUGGAACAGGUCAUUGCUAGUUACUCUAAUCUUGGAUUACAAAGUUGAUGAUGGUGCGAGAUGUAUACAACCAUCUAUAAAUUGUCUCUGCUCCAGGUUUGUCCAAGUUUGACGGAAAUGUUGUUCACGCCAUGUAUCAAUAAUUAAAAUCCUUGAAUUUUGGAUUGAUUUUUAUGAUGUAUUUAAAAUGUGUACAAAUAAUAUAAAGAAGAUAAUACAAAGUAUUUCAGAA